AUGUCGUGGGAUCCCAAUCCCAAAGGACUAGACGAGCUGCUGCAGCGUCCGAAGACCGAGGGCUGGUCCUGGAAAUCGCUUCCGGCACCACCACCGACGUUCAGCCACAACCAGUUCGUCACCUCCCACGCCGUGCACCCAGACGGCCGCACCAUCUUCAUGACCACCGCGUACAGGGAGAGCCCGGGCCUUCACGUGGGUACCUUCUCGUUCGACACCGAGAGCUGCGUGUGGAGGUGGCACGGGGAGUGGGCGUUGCCGUUCGUUGGCCAGGGCUAUUUCGACGCCGACCUGGAUCGGUGGGUUGGCCUUCGUCGGGACGGGCACGUCUGUUCCUGCCGAGUUGCCUCCCGCAGCCGUAGCCUGACUCGAAUAAUGCAGCUGGAUUGGCAGGUGGCGGAGGAGAAGCUGUUCCGCAGGGACCCGGCGGAGGAUCACCUGAGUGCUUCCCUCACCUUAUAUGGGCAGCAGCAGAUUGUCACCAGCGUCUGCAAGUAUACAAAGGAACUGCUGAGUUAUGUAAAAGUUGGUUUCAUCCCUUGGUCAUUAUGGGAUAGUGUCAUAGCCCACACUGAGAACAGUGAAUUUCAUCUCAGGAACGAGACUUACAGUGGCAAGGCGGUAACCGCACAGCAUAAAGAACUCCCUAAGAGCAUGGUGAAUAUCCUACUCAUCAUCCUUGAAUUGGUAGCCAGCCUAAGCAUUGCCAUGUACUUUGCAAUAUCCGAAUGUGGGUCCGUUCAGUUGGAACAUGACUUAAGAAGGUGGGGAUAA